AUGUGGCGUUCUCGCAUAUAUCUAUUAAAAGCUAAUGAAGCAUUUUAUCCAUUGCCCUCAGUUAUGGAUGGACAGUCUUUUGUAGCUUUUGUUCGUUCUCGUACCGCUAGACUUGCCAAAUUUUUGGAAGUAGAAACCCUAUCUGCAAAUCAUGCACAACGUUCAAAAUUCUUUGAUACACAGAAACGUGAAGAAAUUAGAAAAUCUUUGGAUAGUCUUUUAAAUUUAAAGGAGAGAGAUGUAGAACGUGUAAUAUGGGAACAAUAUAAAUUAAGUGAUGAACGUUUAGUAACAUGUCUUGUACCUUAUCAACUGGGGGCAAAUAUUAUUAUGAGUGGUCUCCCAAGGGAAGUGAGAAAAAAAUGUGUAGAAGAAUUAAAAAUGGAAGAGGCUUCUAUUGCUUCUGGUGUUUCUAAUAAAAGAGAGAAUAAAUUUAUUCAAUGGAUAGAAAAGGAUGUUUUUGUUUCUACAGGUCUUAAUUAUUUAAGACGUCUUUCUACACGUCAACAUGUACGUAUCCCAAUUAUCGCACUUGUGGGACAUACUCAACAUGGAAAAACAACACUACUAGAUGCGUUACAGGAAACAAAUUUUAGAGAAGAAGAAUCAAGAGGAAUAACUCAGUCCGUAAGAGCAUUUACUUUAUUUUCUUCAGAAAAAAAUUCUUUAAAUGUUACUUUUGUAGAUACACCUGGACAACGUAUUUUUGCAGAAACUCGAUUUCAUGCACAAAUUAUAGCAGAUUUUUUAUUAAUAGUAGUUUCUGUAAUGGAAGGUGUUCAAAGUCAAACAUAUGAGGCGGUAAAAGUGGCAUUAAAUGUUGAUAGACCAGUAGUGGUGGUUUUAAAUAAAGUAGAUUUAUUUUCAAAUGCACAGAAAGCAAGUGAAGCAGUUUCUAAAGUUUUGGUGAAUCUUCGAGAAGCUGGUUUAAAUAUUUCUAUGAUUCAUAAUAAAAAAGAUCUUGAACGUUUACGAUCGACUCAAACAAAUAUAAAUGAACAUGAUAAAGUAUCUAAAGUAAAUGAUAAUAGUUUCCAGUUAUUUGCACCUAUGAAAAAAAUAGAUUCAAAUUAUAAGGGUAGUAGAAAAUAUCCACUUGUUGAAUUACAACGUCGUUGUGUUGGAGUAUGUAUAUCAGCGAAAGAACGAAAAAAUUUAAGUCUUCUUUGGUCAAUUAUUGAAUUAAUGUGUUCAACCUAUCCACCUCUUUGUUACAGUAAAUCAUCAGACUACCGAUCACAUUCUUGUUCACUUCAGGCAGUUAUAUUGGAAUCUUCAAAACAUCUUUUUGAUGAAGAAGGUUUUAGAGUUAAUAAAAGUCGCCAAAAGUUUCAAAAAAUGCAAGAUAUAAAUGAAGAAAAACGUCAAUCUCAGUUUUCAAGAAAAAGUAUAUCUGUAAGAAUAAAUUCUUCACUAAAUGCUGCUCAAAAUAAAGUUAAGAGUACAAAUCCAACUAGUACAAAUUGUUUGGUUUUAACUGUUAUAGUUAAAGAGGGUUGUAUUACAAAGGGAGUUCCCUUUAUUGCGGAUCAAACUAAAGGACAAGUAGAUUUUAUGAUAGAUGCUCUUGGUAAUCCUGUAAAUCAGGCAACUCCUGGUAUGGCAGUUACUAUAAUAGAUCUCCAUAGUACUACUGGAUGUCCUGGUGUAGGAAUUCAUUUACUUUCAUUUCCUUCUAUGAAGGAAAGAGAUCAUAUUUUUGAAUACAGACGAUUACUUCAAUGGUAUGUAGAGUGUUUUACAGAUAAAUUACAUCUUCUUCGUCCAAGAGGGAUGAAUAUUUCUUUUGCUCAUUUGGGUGAUUAUGGUCAACUUAAAAAUACGGUUUGUUUAGAAUAUCAACUUCUUUAUGGACCUCCAGAAGUUUCAUCUUUACCUGAAUCAGAAUUAAACUCUUCUAAUGAUAAAAUUUUGACAUGUACUUCUAAUUCUUCAGUAAAGAGUAUUGCAGAAUAUUUAAGUGAAAAAAAUUCAGAAGAACAAGAUGAACAAAAUUAUCUUAUGCUUGAAAGUAAAAGUAUUGAAAAUAAGGUUAUGAUGAAUGAAGAUCUUAAAAUUACAUUAGAAGCUACUUGGAUGCAAUUACAACCUCAGUCUCGUCCACAAACGCAAGAAGCAUAUGAAGAUCUUAUUAAAAGUUGUCUUCAGAUUGGUGUUCUUUUCAAGGUUGAUUCUUGGCAUAGUGCACGAAUGCUUUAUCGUGAAAUCGCUCGAUUAGGUACAAGAAAAAUUGCAUUUCAUGUUAUUGGAAUGCGGUUUGGUGAAUUGGUUGUAGAUGAUAUUUUAUUUUUUGGUAGGGCGAUGAAAAUUGUUGUCUGUUAUCGUACUCCUGUAGGUGCUUCUACAGAUCUUGAUAGAUACCUUGAAAUAAAUGAUACUUGGACCUUACAGACAGAUGAUAUAUCUGAUGUUGUUCUGUUUCUUAAGUGGUGUGCAGUGGAACUUCAUAAAGAACAUGCUCCUGAUGAUUGUGGAGUGGUUGAACCAAACAAGAAAAGUUAUUUUAUGUUUGUUAAUAGUAAAUCUUCUAAAGAUACCAAAGAUAAUGAAAAACAAGGGAAGAGUGGAAAAGAUCGUCGUCUCCUUAUCACACCAAAAUACUCACAUUAG